GUCAACACUGAUCGACAGUGCUGUUUUCAUUUUGCUACAUUGCUGCCAUGCUGCAAAGUAUUUCAAGACGAAUGUCACGUUAUAUGGUAAUGUCUGAUUAAUUUAGGUUAAUUUAAACAUAAACAAAAAUUUGGUGAAAGAUUUAUUUAACAUAUAAAUUAUACGAUGUCAGCAACUAAGAAGUUAUUGUCUAAAAAACAAAAACUCAAACAAAUGAGUAAAAUGCAAAUACAGCUAAGCAUAAUCAAGAAAAAACAAUGUGAUGCAAAGGCUCUUGCAAUAGUGGAACAGCUCUUAGAACCAAAUGUGAGCAUUGACUGGCUUCUCCAAAAUUUAGGAUUUAUUAGUAAGAGUCACAUGGAAGAUGUAAUAGAGGAAAGAGCAAUAGUAAAGCUAUGUGGUUAUGUUCUGUGUUCAAAACCAUUGACUGUUAUUAUUCAACAACAAUAUCACAUAUCUACACGUAAAAACAAGGUAUAUGAUGUCAGCAAACGGAAAAACUUUUGCAGUUCAUCAUGUUAUGGAGCAGCCAAUUACCUUCUUGAACAAAUGUUGGAGAGUCCAUUGUGGUUGAGAGAGAAAGAUGAUAUACCAGUUUUUCAAAUUUUGCCUAUAAAUCUGAGGUCUACACAAAUCAUACCUGGAGAUGAAAUUGAUGUUUCUGGAAUAAAUCUUGUACAAAAUAAAAAUGCUGAUGGUAUUGAGGACAAUAAAGAAUCUGUAGAACAUAGCACAGCCAAAUACAUGAAACAAGAUAUAUCAAAUUCUAAGGAAAAGGAUAUACACAAUGAUACAAUUACAAAAAACAAUGUAGAAUUGGAAGAGAUUUCUAUAAAUAUUGACUCAGAUAGAUUGUUCAACAAUAAAACGCAUUCAUCAGAACAAUCUGAGAAAGAAGAAAAUAAAACCUGUGAUAAUCAAGAAUCCAUUAAUCAUAAAAAUAGUGAUAAUAUUCAGAAAAUAAAUGCAAAUUUAAAGAAUUUAGAAAUAGAAGAUCAAUCUAAAGGUAUUCUAUAUGAAGAUAAUACAGAUGCAAAGAAUAAAAAUACAAAUGCAAGUAUCAUGUGCAACAUUGAAAACAGUAAAAUGUUGCAGUCCCGUUCGGAUAAAUUAGAAAACAAUCAAAAUAAUAGUAGUAAAUUAUUACAGUCUCAGUUUAAUAAAAUAACAGAUGAUCAAAAUACUGAUAAAAAGUCACAAUUAGAAGGAAUAAAUAACGAAAAUAAAAAUAAAAAAUUAGAUAAUAUUGAAGGAGUAACACAACCCCAGUUAGAUGAGAUGUGUAGUAGUAAUGCUACUUCUUCUGUAUCUGGUAAAAAAAUUGGAAAAAAGAGAGAUGCAAAUAGAAGUAUUAAAAAUAAGUGUCUGACACAGAAAGAAUCUGACAAUGCAGAAAUGCAAGCUAAUAUCUACCAUAAAGUUGCAAUGCGUAUUGAACAGAGUGUUAAAGAAUGGAUUACAGAAAAUACACUUUGUCUUUUAUUGGGUGAGGAGGAUGAAAAGUAUCAAUUAUUAGAGAGUCUUACGCGGCAUGACAGGUAUCAACAGUUGUGUAAAAAAUUAAAUAGAUUGCAAUUAGAAGAUGAAAAGGAGGAUCGUGUCAAUUUGGAGAAAAAUGUACUCAAACCUUUGCCUCAUUUUUCUGUGAUCCAAGAAGAAGCCAAGAAAAUAGAAUUAAAGGUGCGUGCAUUUUACGAAGGACAAGUAACAAUUACACCAUCUGAGGAUAGUAACAAAGAUUCAGAAAAUAAAGAUGAUAGUGAUCUUAUAUUACCAUUGACAGAUUCUCAUGCGCCUAAUGCACUUCGUCGUCGAAUCUUCUUGGACAAGGUUAAUAAAAUAUUGCCAGAUUUGCUGCGAGCUUUAACAGCUGAUACGAGUGCUUCUUUAAUAGCGCAGUGUACUUAUAAUAACGAGAGGUAUUCGUUAACCAAAAUCUUGAUUAGCACUUUUAAUUUGACUGCUGCAAACAUUGUUUUCAAGACUGCCGAAUGGACACUCGUAGGACUCAUUAUUAUUAAAAUGUUAAGCUUAAUCGACACACAAUUGCAAUCAUUGCUUCGCUCUAAACAAGCUACAAUGUACACAUCAAUGAUUCUCAUGUCAUACAAAUUGGACUCCAAUUAUUUAGACAGACUUAUAAUGGAAGUAACAAACAAUAUGGAUGCAUGUGAUGUAAAUAAUAAAUAAUAUUAAAAUUGUUCAGCGCAAUUUUAUAAAUAUAUAUAAAUUAUUUG